AUGAGGGGUUCCACAUUGUUUAAAGGGACUUUGUCACCACCGUUUGUGGCAGGUACAGAAAGUGACCUGACGAGUGGAGGAGGAAGCAAUUCGAUGGAUGGAUGGGACAGGGCCACUGUAUAUGCUCUGGCCUUUGCAAAAUCGGCUUUUGUGGAAUCUUCCAAUUCUUUACGAGAAAGAGGCAUGGUUAAAGUUGGCUGCGAACGGGAAGUGAGAACACCGCCAGAAAAGGGAACAUGGAGAUACGACCAGGGAGAGCAGUAUCGAGGGAAAAGAUCAAAGAGAACAGAAUAG